AUGGUAGACCUCGCCGAAAAAAUUUGGGAACUGUGCUCAAGAUCGGCACUGGGAACCCCUAACAACUGGAGCUCUCCCAGCCCUCGUAUAAAAGGCGUCCGCGUCACUCGGCGACCAGCAGCCAGCCCGAAGGCAAGGAAUUGCACACGCAGAACGCCCACCUCGUCAGGAACGACCAACACCGACGCCAUCCAGACCAGCCCCUCGCAAUCCGCCUGCCACCCCGCCGAGAGUUGUUCUCGCCGCGCUGUCUGUGCCGUUCGCAAGUGUCGUCCGCAAGCGUCGUUCCCAAGCGUCAUUCCCAAACUUCUUGUCAAGAAAAUGGACCGUGCCACUCAAAAUAACCGUGCUAAUCAGUGCAACUCCAACAAUUCUACCACUGGCCCAGGCCGUCCCUCGGGGUACCAAGGUUCUCAGUCUAACUCGAACAACAGGGCCAACCAGAAGAACCCCAACAACCCCCAGUACUCCUCAAAGUCCAACAACAAGAAGUAAUCAGGCUUCCUGGCCCCGAUGGGCUAUAUAGGAGACUGUGAUGAGGCCUUCUGCCAAAUGUCUGCCCUUCUGUUGUAAGUUUUGCUGCACAGUAAAAGUGACUGCUUAAACCAAGCAGUCAUUUUUAUUGUGUGGCACAUGGGAUGGCGGGUAGAACGUUGGUUUCAACUUUCCUACUCUCAUUCUUAUCAAACACUUAGCAUAAGGGGGGAGAUUUGGGAAAGGAGGCCACGUCACAGUCCCCUAUUUAGCUAUAGUAAGGGGAGAAAUAUUUUUCUUGUAAAAUUACCUUUAAAAAUUAAUGUAGUGAUGUAAUAAGGGGCAUGGCUAAGUUUACGCUUCGUUUUAUUUUUUAUAAUUAUGAUUAUGAAUAAAAAGUAUUUUUUUGUAAUAA